AUGGCAGACGAUUCGACUCCACAAGGGUCGCCGCGUGCGGCAGGCCCGGAGGCUCUGCGAGCCCCACACCGCUCACCUUUCUACUGCUCCGUCUGCGACGUCCAGUUCUCCGACUCCCACGCCGCGGAGGCGCACAAGGCCAGUCUGAAGCACAAGAAGAAAAGCGGGGAGUUGGAGUGGGAGGCGCGGCAAUACAAAAGAGACGCGGAUGUCACCCCGAAAGAUGUGUGGGCGCUGGUGCGCCGCAAACAAGCGGAGCUGGAGCUAUUACCGUGGGGUGAGUUGAAGUGGAGUCCUGCCCCGGAUGGCCUCGCUGCGAAACCGUGA